AUGGUGUGCCAGGUUGGGCCUGUACUGUCGGUCCUCUGGAUUUGUUCAUGGCUUUUGAGUCAUGGUCAUGGGGCCAUGGAGCUCCACAAGGUGUCAGACCAGCCUUUCGCCGUCCCCGUGACACGGCGUUCACCCGAGUGGGGCUGGUUGGAGUACUUGCUCCAUGCAAGCUGCAGCACCUACCGGCUACGGCUUCGCUCCGCUUGGUCAGUGGCCAACAAGCGCCUCAGCGUGGAGUUCGAGGCACGAUGCAAAGGGUUGCUGCAGCUACAUGCUUGGCUACCCGUUGCCGAGAUUCCCUUUGGGCAGACGGUAGAGGACAUCUGCCGGAAUGGCUUUAAAGCUGGCCACACAGGUGUAUCGUUUCAUGUUGGCAACCUACAGCUUCCAAGUCUCUACAGUGAUGGUCGCGAUCGGGGCGGCAAUGACCGUGGGCAUGGUGUGAAGAGUCGUGGGAGGUCCUUGCCUGCUGGACGCCGUUUAUAUGAGUUUCUUUUGUGUCGCAUUGGUGCUGGGCGCUCCUAUCUCAUUGACAACCCGUCGCACGCAGAGACCUUGGCUUUGCCUCCAGAGUAUGACAGCUUCUUCACGCGGCACAGCCCCGCGAACGAGCAGGUAAUACAUGAAGAGUAUCCAGGUGUACUGCCCAGACAUGUUCUGCAUCACGAGUACAUGGUCAGAGAUCCAGCACAGGCCCUCCCCGUGUAUUUGGUGCACUUCGAGUUCGACCCAGAGAUGCCUGAGCUACUCAACCUGCCGCUCUGUGACAGCUGUGGUCUACAAGCAGCAAUGGUCUACUGCGAAGCUGAUGAUGCAAUCCUGUGCAGACCUUGCGAUAGCCGCGUUCACUCCGCAAACAAGCUGGCUGCACGGCACAUCCGUGUUGACAUCAACCGGCGUCCGAAUGCACCCUUGGGGAGUUGCCCAGACCACGCGGGAUCAGAAGCGGACAUGUACUGCACCGAUGCUUUCCUGAAGCUUGCCAUGCUGUGGAAACCAUGCUGGGCAACCGCUACCUACAUGGCAGAUGUGAGCACUCAGGAAUGCAAAGUUCCAGUGUGUCAGCACUGCCGCAAGCUUGGUAGCCACAGCGCAGGAGAAGCGAAGAAGCACCGUCUUGUCAAUCUCCGGGAAGCAUACCAGCAUGCUCUGAAGGCAAGCUCGGUCACCGCAAACGGCGUCCUCACGGAGCGCCAGCGUGUGGAAUCCCAGCAGGUUGCUGAACUGGACCAGCGCCUGGUGACCGUGCAGGAGUCGACCCAAGCUCUGGAGGAUGGCAUUUACGAUCAGGUGCAGCUUGCGGUAAAGCAGGGCCAGGCCUUGGCAGAAGAGCAGGCUUCUCUCUUCAUGGCCGACGAGCUGGAAGCCAAGCGCCAGCUGGACCAGGCAGCAUGGAUGGACAACUUCUUGGAGGACCAUGUCAAGAAUUUGCCGCCCCCUGACUUUCUGGAAGCAUGGCUGCUGCAUGCCCAGGUCAGACAGGAGGUCAACCAGCUAGGGCGGCUCACGCAGCUGCGGGGCAGUGCGACGUUGCGCUUGGAAGGGGGCCUGCGGCUCGUAGCUGACACGGCAGAGGCAGUUGACUUGGCACAGGUGGUGUUUCCAGCUCUACAACAAGAGUUGCCGGAUCAGGCGAUGGAGCUGCAAAGUUCAGGAUACACGAGGCAUACUCCAUUGCUCCAAGCUCAGACCAUGGUGACACAUUGUGGGCUGGUGGCCAUGAUGGAGCUUGGUCAUUUGUGCACAGACGGCACGAUCAUGCUGAGCUUCCAGGUUCGAAAGCGCAUGGAUGAGUUAAAGUGGGAUAAAGCACAGAAGGAAAAGAAGGGAGAUAAGGGCGAGGAGGAGGUAAAUAUGAAGGAAGCAAAAGCAGGGGCAGAGACAAGUGCUCGUAAAUUCUUCCAACCGGCGGAGCAGCCGCCCUUCAUGCCCAAGUUCAUCCCGUCAGUGCCCAUGGCUAAGUGGCACGGCCGGUAUGGCGACGGAGCGGCAUCUGCAGGCCUCGACUUGAUACUGACACCCUGCCUUGAGCUGAUCUGCUCCCAUACUGAGGACCGAUCCUGUCCGGUCUUUUCGAUGCAAGCUUUACCAGACAUCGCCAAAGACUGCCAAUGUCACGACAGCAUGCCCUACUGCUUCCAGGACGGGCGCCAGAUGUGUUAUCGCUCUGACGGCAGACUAGAUCUGCAUUAUUUCGCGGUCAACUGCGAGUCUUGCAUAUGCGAACCGUCCCAAGAUGCGGGAAGCGGAAGCACCUCUUUUGCCGGCCCUUCUGAUAUCACCUGCUCGACAGCAGAUGGCGCGCAAGACGUGGUUCUUGCACCCGACGCUUCAGGCAAUUGUUUUUGCCCGGACGAGCGGCCACAGUGCGUGGUCUUGCCGGGUGAGGAGCCAGGCUGCCUGACAGGUGAGGCGCAGCCCUCGUCCACUUUAGCAUCAGCUUUCCGAGCAGGUUGCGCAGCUGACAGCUGCUCGUGUCGUGCGUCAUGCCCCUCCUUCGCGCGGCGGAGCUUUGCUGAUAGGAUUGGAGACUGCCAUUGCCCUGUGGAUGCGCCUUUGUGCUAUCAAGAUGGCACAGCUGGUUGUCUUUCUUCCACCGGUGUGACCUCACGGACCUACUUCUCAAGCAGCUGCGGUGCUCGGUGCGAGUGUGUGGAGCAACUCGAGGGCCAGUGCGACCCCAGGAGCUGUUUGGAGACGGCCGACUGCAUCUUCUCGACUUGCAGAGAUUGCGAUGUCUGCAAAGGGAUCACCAGGUGCCCGACAUCCCCUGGCGACAACAGCAUCACCUUGCCAGACUGGAGUGGCAACUGCAAGUGCAAGGACCAGCAGGUGUGCUACGAAGGUGGCAGCAUCACACCCGGAUGCCCCGUUGCCCCAGCUGGGCGCUCGCAGUUUUUGUUCCAGAUCAGCUGCCUUGAUUGUAUCUGUGACAAGCUGACAUCUUCGGCUGGCACGGGCAACGUCAAAUGCCCCAAGUUUGCACGUGAUAACCUGCCUGGCUGGUCUGGUGACUGCGUAUGCCCAGACGAUAUGCCUGAUUGUUACAAAGAUGGCGUCCGGUGGUGCUUCAGGACAGACGGCCAACGUGAUCUCCACUACUUCGAUCCGGGCUGCCUUGACUGUGAAUGCCGCGCAGCCUUAAUUGUGAACGGCACGGCCGAGCAGGUCAAACCAUGCCCAGACUUCGCCAAGUUCAGCUCUUCAAAUGCGUUCCAAAAUUGCGUAUGUCCAGAUGAUCGCCCCCUGUGCGUCCAGUCAGAUGGCACAGCGGCAGAAGGACGAGUUGGGCCAUAUUGCCAAGCUGCGCAGGGCUGGGACUCCUCCACCGAGUUCCGCCAUGACUGUACUACAUGUUCUUGUGCGGUGGGAGCUGGAGAAGGCUCUAAUCUGCGCGAUUUCACUGCAGAGGAGCAACUCACGGCAGAGGGUGUCACCUACAUCCGCUUGGAUUUGGUCCUCGACAUCCGCCUCGUCAACACAUUCAAUUCGCUGAGCCAGUGGAGCUUGGUUGUUGAUGGGGUGUUGCUGACGGAUGCAGCAAGGCAAGCAGUGGCUGCAUCCGCCGCUCAUGGCCUUGCCCGUCCUGGGGCGCCAGCCGUAGGUAUCUGCGAGAGCUUGACCGACGUGCAGGGCAGGACAAUUGAUGGUGGAGACUUUGAAGAUGUGCGGGUGCAGCGUUUGUAUGCUGAACUUGGUGUUAUGUGGGCGAAAACCGCGGAGAUUAUCAAUGGAACAGGCCGUCGGUUGGGUGAUGACCGAACAUCUGCCUUACGCGCAUUGCAGACGCUGGGAGCCAAAUCGCUGGGUGAGCUGACCGUGCACGAACUCGAGAUGUUGCUGAGCUUGCGCACGGCUUUCCGUCCUGCACGCUUCAAGCAGCAGCUGGAUAUCGAGCUUCAGCGCCUGUUGAAUGACACCAUCACCUGGCACCCAACUCCAGGCCUCGUUCAGGCACCACGAUUGUCUGUGAGCAGGGCAUCCCCAGUGGCAUCGUCGGACUUGUCGGGGUAUGCACCGCUUUCAGUUCUGGGGCCCUUGGCGCCAGAGGCUCCAAGCAGACGGAAUCUCAAGGCGCCUGUGGACGUCGUGGAAACUACAGCUCAGCCCGACACGGAGGGGGCAACUGAUGCCUCCGAGCUGGACUUGCUGACACUUCUCCCCGCUGGCAUUGCAAUCGUGUCAUCGCUACUUGGCGUCCUCCUUUUGUACUGCGUCGUCAGGUGGGUUCGUCGUUGUCUUCGUCGGCGUCGUGAAAGGCGUGCCGAGGAUGCGAAAGGCUCGCCAAGGUCACCAAGAGGGUCCCCGCGGUCGCCACGUUCACCACGGCACCCCAGCUCUCCAAGACAUGGAACGGCUGAUGUAACUGCGAGCUCCAGCAUGGGCACCGCAAAGGUGAAGCGCACGGGGACAGCCACAACAGAUUUACGCCAAGGGACAAGUUCCGUCUUUGACACCUUCAACAAACCGAUACAGAAAGAUGUCGGGAUGACCCUGGCUGAACGGCAGAGGACCGGGCAGAAAACAAUAAGUGCAGAUGCACAGACUUCGAUUGGCAUCGCUCUCGAGGCAGAUGGUGACGAUGGCAGCCCAAGGCAGAAGAAGGGGGGCUUGAUGGGACGAUUUCGCCGGGGAAAAGACAAGGGCGACAGGGGCGACAAGGGCUCAAGUCCAAAUCAGUCCCCGCGAAGUGGCUCUCCGAGGUCUCCCCGGUCUCCCCAGUGA